AUGAGUGAAUUUGUACAAAGAUGCGGUGUGAACUUGCCAUCAAAGGGGGAAGUUCUAGAUGAAAAAGACUUGAUGGAAACAAGAUUGGGAGGGUGGAGGGAUGUUUCAACAGGAAAGUUGAUCAGCUCUGGAAUUUUUCGCAUGAUAUGCGUUAAAGAACAUAUAAUUAGUAUGAGGGAUACCUAUUAUGACGAUGACGGUGGUUCAUGCCGUAGGGAGAUUGCCGUGGAGAAGCCCUUUGCCUUCGACUACGGCCCAGGAAUGAAUCUGUGGAACAGACUACAAGAACCGAGGCACGGGGCACUCGACCCGCUGCAAAGGACGGUUUUAUUCCAGCUUGAAGGCUGGGUUGAUGAUUUGGCGAGGUUCGGCAUUUUCAGCACAUCGUUCAAGUUGAAUAGUCGCAAGAGGUACUUCGACAGCCGUCAUCGACAGGCAUCGCAUUUCAAGAGGUCUAUACUCCAUACUUGCUCUGAAGAGGAAGGUCCCCAGGCGUCGGUUUGGGCCAGAAAAUAUGACUGA